AUGGUCCUUCAUCUAUCACGCUCGACACGGCUGAGCGUUGUGAUUGGCAUAUCGACAUGCUUCUUUCUGGCUGAGAUUUCGCUGGGCUUUUAUACCCACUCUAUUGCUCUAAUUGCGGAUGCUUUCCACUAUCUGAAUGAUUUAGUUGGGUUUGUCAUUGCUCUUGUUGCCUUGAAGAAAUCCGAGCGCAGUGACUCGCCUAAAGAGCUUACUUUUGGUUGGCAGCGGGCUCAGCUGCUCGGUGCCUUUUUCAAUGGUGUUCUUCUGUUUGGGUUGGGUAUUAGUAUAUUUUUACAGUCCAUCGAGCGAUUUAUUGCUCUACAACAUGUUCACAAUCCCAAGUUGAUGUUCAUCAUUGGAUGUGUCGGAUUGGGCUUAAAUAUCAUCAGCGCAAUCUUUCUUCACGAACAUGGACAUGGACAUGGACACAGUCAUGACCAUAGCGUCUCACCCACAAUUGAAACACCGGUUCUUCACCUCGGCGAGGAAUAUCAUGAUUCCAGCACCAAGCAUCACGAUCACAAACAUCUUCAUUUCGAAAAACAUCACUGCGCAGACUCAGGUGGCCACAGUCAUGGUCAUGGUGGGCAUGAUCACAGUGAUCUUGGAAUGAUGGGAGUGAUGAUCCACGUUAUCGGCGAUGCAAUUAAUAACCUGGGCGUCAUGGCCGCCGGUCUGGUUAUCUGGCUCGCAGCACCCCAUGCCGGCCGAUACUACGCCGAUCCUGGCGUGAGCAUGUUCAUUGCCAUCCUCAUUAUUCUGUCGUCUUUCCCUCUGAGUAAGAGUAUUUCCGAUUUCCGACAGAAGAAAGCCAAAAUGCGCCGAGCCGGGAUGAUCCUACUAGAGAGCGUGCCUACGGGGGUUGACAUUCGCGAUGUCAAACAUGACCUAGAAAAGAUCAAGGGUGUCAACUCGAUUCACGAACUCCACAUCUGGCGUCUCAACCAACAAAAAACCCUCGCCUCAGUGCAUGUUGUUGUAUCCGAUAACUCGGUCAAGGAGUUUAUGAAGACUGCCCGGGUGAUUAAUGAGUGUUUCCACGCCUAUGGAAUCCACUCGAUUACAAUGCAACCCGAGUUGUCGGAUGUCGAUGUUUCCCAUGAAUCUCGGUGCCAGGUUAUCUGCGGGACGGUGUGCGAGCAAUUGACAUGUUGUGGAUGA